ACGUCAGUCCGGUAUCACAUGAACGAGCGGGGACCAAUCGGGCUGCGCGCUGCCGGAGAGUGUUGGCUGCGCUACAGCGAGACGGAGCGGAGGCUGGAUAAAAGGAAACCGAGCCCGGGAGCUUGUAACGACCGCUAAACCCCGCGGAGGAGCCCGGAGCCGCCGCCACCCCACAGACCCACCGUGUGUGACCGGUUCCCGUGCGUCGCGCGCCGUGGAUGACCCCCGUUCGGCACCGGGGCGGACGCGCUGGAUAAGGCCAUGGCCCUAACGUGCUGAGCGGCCGGGCCGGUGGGGGAGGCGAGGCGCACCGCGGAGACGCUUCAUGGCUCAUUGUGCGGGUUGGAAAAUGGUGGAUUACAGCGUGAAGAGCUUCCCCCGGUUGGAUCUGCUGUCAUAGCCCGGAGCUCGGUGGCGUUUCCUCGCGGAGGUCGUGUUUUUUUUUAGGUAGGUCCCCCCCACCCCCCCUCGCUCCACAGCUCGAGCCAUUUCUCCUCUGUUUUAGAUACAUGUCGGAUUUUGGCAUCGGCGCGACGCCUUGGCCCUGCGCUCCGUGACGCGAACAUUUGGAGACAAUAAACUGUCGGAUUUAACCGAACCAUGGAUUUCAACAGCGGCAACGGAGGAGUAGGAGGAGGAGGAGGUGGUGGUGGAGGAGUAGGAGGUGGUGGAGGAGGUGGAGGAGGAAACGAGCUGCACAACAACCAGUUCUAUCAGUGCGAGGAGAACAAGCCGCUGCUGGGGGAGAUGUCGGAGGGCAACAACAACACCAAGCCGGGCGCGGGGCCGUGCAAGAGGAGCCUGCACCACUGCAGCAGCAGCGGGAUGCGAUACAAGCUGCUGCACGAGGGGGACAUCCAGGUGUGCGUGGUCAAGCACCCCCGCACCUUCCUCAGCAAGAUCCUCACCUCCAAGUUCCUGCGGAGGUGGGAGCCGCAUCACCUCACGCUCACAGACAGCGGCCUGACCUCGGCCACGCCCACCGGUUACAUGGAGACGUCCCUGUCCUACAGCUCCAUCGAGGACCUGCAGCUGCUCUCGUGGGACAACGCUCCAAAGUACUGCGUCCAGCUCAGCUUCCCCGGAGGCACCGUCCUGCUGCAGGCUGCAAACAGCUACUUAAGAGACCAGUGGUUUCACUCCCUGCAGUGGAAGAAAAAGAUCUACAAGUACCGGAAGGUCCUGAACAACCCGAGCCGCUGGGACGUGGUGCUGAAGGAGAUCCGAGCGCUGGUGGACAUGGCUCUGACCUCGCCGCUGCAGGACGAGUCCAUCCACCAGGCCCCGCUGCACAUCAUCUCCACCCUUCUGGCUGAGAACUCUAAUCUCAGCACUCAGGAUCAUGAGAACAUCAUCGUGGCCAUCGCUCCUCUUCUGGAAAACAACCAUCCACCUCCUGACCUGUGCGAGUUCUUCUGUAAGCACUGUCGGGAGCGGCCGCGCUCCAUGGUGGUGAUCGAAGUGUUCACCCCGGUGGUCCAGAGAAUCCUCAAACACAACAUGGAUUUUGGGAAGUGCCCUCGACUGCGUCUCUUCACUCAGGAGUACAUCCUGGCUCUCAAUGAGCUGAACGCUGGCAUGGAGGUCGUCAAGAAGUUCGUCCACAGCAUGCACGGGCCAACGGGGCAGUGCCCUCACCCACGUGUUCUGCCAAACCUGGUGGCUGUGUGCCUCGCCGCCAUCUAUUCCUGUUAUGAGGAGUUCAUCAACAGUCGGGACAACUCCCCCAGCCUGAAGGAGAUCAGGAACGGUUGCCAGCAACAGAAUGACCGAAAGCCCCCGAUGCCGCUUCGCCUGCUGCGCCCGGAGCCCGCGAUACCACCUCCCGCCACCAUCCUCCCCCUCUCCGCCAACCCCAGUCCUCCGCAGCCGCCUCCCCCCGCCCCCGCCAUCACCUCCCCGACACCCUCCCUGCCCCUCUCCCCUCCGCCCUCCGUCGUCAACUCUAGCGAGAUCCUGGUGGAGCUGGAGCGGAACAACAACUCGACCAACGCCAGGCGGAAGGGAGGGCCAUCAGGGGGCGACAGCGAGCCCAACCUCAUCGACUGUCUGCUGGUCAGCCCGGCCGUCAACACGCUGUCCAUCCAGCUGCCGGCGCAGGCCGACCGCGUGCUGGGCUGCUUCGCGCUCAUCCUCAAGAUGCUGUCAGACUACGACGACUGGAGACCGGCUCUGGCCAGUCUGCUGCAGCCCAUCCCCUUCCCUAAAGAGGCCCUCGCUCACGCCAAAUUCACAAAGGAACUGAAAUACGUCAUUCAGAGGUUUGCAGAGGACCCGAGGCAGGAGGUUCACUCCUGUCUGCUGAGUGUGCGUUCAGGUAAAGAUGGCUGGUUCCAGCUCUACAGUCCAGGAGGCGUGGCCUGUGAUGACGACGGGGAGCUGUUUGCCAGUAUGGUUCAUAUCUUGAUGGGCUCCUGCUACAAGACCAAGAAGUUCCUCUUGUCUCUGGCUGAGAACAAGCUGGGUCCCUGCAUGCUGCUGGCCCUGAGAGGAAACCAGACCAUGGUGGAGAUCCUGUGUCUGAUGCUGGAGUACAACAUCAUCGACAACAAAGACACGCAGCUGCAGAUCAUCUCCACCCUGGAGAGCACGCAGGUCGGCCUCCGCAUGUACGAGCAGCUCUGUGACCGCCAGAGAGAGCUGAAGGAGCUGCAAAGGAAAGGAGGCCCCACCCGCCUGACGCUGCCGUCCAAGUCCACGGAUGCCGACCUGGCCCGUCUGUUGAGUUCAGGUUCCUUUGGGAAUUUGGAGAACCUGAGCUUGGCCUUCACCAACGUCACCAGUGCCUGUGCCGAGCAGCUCAUCAAGCUGCCUUCACUCAAACAGCUCAACCUCUGGUCCACACAGUUCGGGGACGCAGGGUUGAGGUUGUUGUCCGAGCAUCUGGCCUGUCUUCAGGUGCUGAACCUGUGUGAGACUCCGGUCACCGAUGCCGGUCUGCUGGCUCUCAGCUCCAUGAAGAGCCUGUGCAGCCUGAACAUGAACAGCACCAAACUCACAGCCGACACAUACGAGGACCUCAAGGCCAAACUGCCCAACUUGAAAGACGUUGAUGUUCGGUACACUGAGGCCUGGUGAUCAGCCACGCUCACACACACACACAUGAACACACACACACACACACACACACACACACACACAUUGCACACAGGCUCAGAAACAUAACAUGAAACUUUGUGCGACGACGUCAUCGCCAGCCAUCACCGCAGCGUGAGGAUCAUGUGAGCAGAAACGCCUCUGACCACCAGAGGAGGAGUCUUCGUCAGCUUCGGACUCCAUCGCCCCCUGUAGCGACGCCAUCACUGGGAAGGAACUGCCUUGCUUUUUUGUUUUCUGAGUGAAAAGUCCUCAUGGACCUCAUCGCUCCCCGAACGUCUGUCCCCAACGUCCUGAGGACCUUGUUGUAACUGAUCAGAGGACGAGCCAGCACCCAGUGUCCUGUGGCUGUUUGAGACCCUCCUCUCUCUCUCUGCCUUUACCCAACUCCCACCUCGACCCCGCCGCCAUCAGCCUUCCACUCUCUCUCCUGCCCCCAUGUGGUGAAGGCUGGAUACAGCAGGACGCAUUCCAGUUGGUCUCCCAUCCCACCCACGGCGUGCUGUAGCUCCCCGAGCAGACGCGGCGUUGAACCGUCACCUCAGUCCUCGCUCCUCUCCUCUUCGGCUUCAGCUCUUCGAAUCCGAUUCCAGCUUUCUUCAAGUCGUUCAUUGGGAAAACAAGGUGCUACCUCCCAGAAAAGAAGAGUUGCAAGACUGUGCCUAUUCCUCGAACACAACACAUUCACACACGAUAAGGAAAAAAAAAAAACAGAAAAAAAAGUUUUUAUCAACUUGAAUGAACAUAUUUUUCCAGACAUCUGUGCUUUCAUAUAUUGUGUGUUUCUAUAUAAACAUGAAGACAAACCCCAGCGCUGACAUUUCAGAAACGUUUCUGGAGGAAAGUGAAACAGCGAUGUUCCCUUUCCGUUUGUUUUCAGUGUAAAUACUGACGAUCUCCCAUUGCUAUUUAAUAGGACCGUUGUUGUAGCAGUAGCUGGGUGGUCUGGGACUGCCUGAUGAGUUGUGUCUUUCAAACCUCCUUGAUUCUGUCUCUCCUGGGUUCGUCCUGACUCCUGAAGACCACACGCCCUGUUGUUUUGCAUCAUAUAACGCAAGAAGCGAGAGAGGGCGCCCGUACGCGGAUCUCUCUGCUCCGUCGGUGGUACCGCUGACGUGUGCGUCGGACUCGAACACGGGCCCAUCACCAGCUGAGAGUUGUAUAUUUUCAUAUCCUCUGCUUUUCUUUCUCUUUUGUACAGACGGUUUUUUUGAAAUGAAGACAGGACACUUGCCAAACAUCUUCAUCCAGUUUAGAUUUGUGUUUUGUGCACUUGCUUCAUCCGGCCAACGUGAGCGCGGUUGUAGUUCUGACCGAUCUGAGUGGAACUUGUCGUAACCUGCACGUGGAGAGACCGUAGACUGUGAACAAAGAUGGACGACGCGUCUCCGCUUCCUCCCACUAUCCAGAAAUGAAGCCAAAAUACCAACGCUGCCAUCUUGCGUCGAUGAUUUGGAGCCGUGGUAUCGAGGUCCCGCCCACUAAUCAGGAGUCAGUCUCAGCUGUCACAUGACAUCUCAGCCCGUUUUUUUUAUAUUCAAAUAACUAAUUAAAACCAAACGUAUCAGAAGCUUCAGUGUGUUAAGAACCAUCUUCAUUUAUUAUAUAUAUAUAUUUUGACCUUUCGUGUGGUUGACGUCCCGUCUGCUAACAUGGAGGAGGCGUUGUUUUGUUAUUCGUUUUGUUAUUGUAUGAUUAAAAGCAAUUGCACCAGAGUUAGCUAGCAGCUAAUUCGCAUCCUUUGGCUUUGUGACCUAUAUGGCAGCCAGCCACCAGGGGGCGAUCAAAGUGUUUUGGCUUCACUUUAAGGGAGCGCUCAUGUCGUCCAUCUUUAUUUACAGACCCCCCCCGCCCCGCCCCGCUGAGGUCGCCACAGCGCCCUAGUGGUCGUCUUUCUUAUCUUUUGUCGCCCUCCUGUUUUAAAUUGUUCUGCUGUAAGAAUUUGACACCGUGUUCGAUCGGUGACUUUUUUUUUUAGUCCGUGUGCAUCGAUAAUUCUCAUCAGAGGAAGAAACGAAAUGAUUUUACAUGUUCUGUCACAAUCAGGGACAAAGAUUAAAAAAAGGAAAAAGAUGGAAACUUUCGGUCGAACCGCCCAAAACACAUUCCCUGUGACGCCGCCUGUUUGGUGUGGUAACCGAACCUGCGUCACAGGCUCCUCCCCCUCCGGGCUGAUUUGUUCCGUGUUGUAAAACACACGCGACGAGUCGUCUUCGUUCAGUCGCUCCGACUGCGUCCAUCCAUUUAAUUUAUUUGCGUCGACCUGCACAUGCUCCAGACGUUGGUUGAGGACAGGAUGCCGUCCAUGAUGAGGACAUGCUUUUGUUUCCUAUUUAUUGAGUGCCAUGACAAUUUUCUGUUCGGUCUGCGUGCGGCGGCCAUGUUUGGGUCGAACCUCUGGACCUCUCUUCAUAUCCUGUAUGAUGUAUAUACGAGUGUAUAUAGUCGUCUCCUCCUCUCCUGUGGUUCAACCAGGUUUGAAUCCUUUAUCCCGUCUCUCUGUUUCCCGGCCUCCCUCCGUCGGCAGGCUGCUGUUGCCUUCAUCUUCAUGUGUGUGGUUGUUGUUUUGGUUAUUUUCACACAAAGUGCACUGUAAUCUCAAAAAAAAAUCUGUUUUCAAUGCAUAAUAUCUUUUAAGUUUCUGACGUCUUUGAUUCGAUGACUUUAAUCAAACAUUUGUUUCCUGUGUUUUUGUUGUUUAGUUUUUAUUUUCGCAUGUACAUGUUGCAUCAUCUGGUAUUUUUAUUUUGUCAUUUUGUUUUAUAAAAGGUUUGAACUAUAAUAAAGGGUCUGAUCACUAUCUCACUGAGGUUCAGGACUGAAAUGGAGAGACGCCAUCAAACUGUUUUCUGAUUGGUCGUUGCCAGGAUCUGCCCACGAGGCUCCAGGAAGUCGAGGUUUGAUCGAUGUAGAUUUUCUAAAAAGCCAAUACCAAUACUGGUACUUUUUGACUGAAGCUGCCUCUCGCUGAGAUUUCAGAAUUGAGCUUGAGCGUUUUCGUAUUAAUAAAAAUGCAAGAAGUUUGAAUCCUGCCAGAUAAUCAUAUCAGAGUGUAACGUGCUGAAUGGCCAUUGUCUUUUUUUUUUAAAUAAAGUUGUUGUAAAACACGGGGAAGGUGACAGUUCA